AUGGCUGCCGAACGUCGCCUAAAAACGCUAGUACGACGGGGAACGCGAUGCCAACGAAGUGCCAGUGCGUCCUACGUAGAUUCACUUUUUGAUUUUCCGCUGCUAAAACGGGAGUGUGCUUCAGAAUUGAGUUCGCUGGUAGACAAAUUUGAAGCUAAUGUCAAAGUGCUACAACAAUUAGGUGAAAAGGUGCAGUUUUGGGACAUAUUGCUAAUCCGGAUGCUGAGCAGCCGCCUUGAUUCCAAGACGAGGAGAGACUGGGAAGAGUAUGCUUCAACCAAGGACCCACUUUCGUUCAGGGACCUGACGGCAUUAAUCCAAAGGAGAGUCACCGUAUUGCAGAACAUUCAAGGUAACCCAACAGAGUCCCAGCCAACUAACCUGGUAAGGAAACCACCCCAACGAGCUACAGUCAGCCACGCAGCAACACAACCUGAGCUGCGAAAGUGCAUUAUCUGCCACGAUCACCGUCCACUCUACAUGUGUACCACGUUUUCGAAGCUAUGCCCUGAGGAUAAGGAAAAGGAAGUUCGCCGUCAUCGCUUGUGCCGCAAUUGCCUACGCAAGGGCCAUCUAGUGGCAGAGUGUCCAUCCAACAGUACUUGUCGAAAAUGUCGCGGUAGGCAUCACACACAGCUGUGCAUCGACAAGGUCAAAACACAUGCUCCAAUAAAGGCAGAAUCCAACGCACGAGUCCUAAUUUCAACGCCAUCUACCAGCUACCAGUCAACUUCUGCUGUAUCCGCUUCCAUCAGUGAACCUUCCAGCUACGCCUCGCGAAUCAAGGCACAACGGAAGAAGGUUCACCUACCGAUUGCCGGCAUUGGUCAGUCUUCAGCACAUGCCCGCCAGACACUCCUCACUACGGUUCGGUCCCGCUUUGGCAAGUAUACAUACACUCUCGAUUUUCUUGUUUUGCCGAAGGUUACCAUCGACUUGCCAUCCGCUUCCGUUGACGUAUCAUCCUGGGAGAUUCCACCUGGUGUUCAACUGGCUGACCCGUCAUUCCACCGCACCACUCCGGUCGACCUGGUUUUGGGUGCAGAAAUCUUCUUCGAUUUGUUUAAGGUCGCUGGCAGAAUUCCUCUAGGUGAAGACCUGCCUGUUCUCGUCAAUUUUGUUUUCGGCUGGGUAAUGUCUGGAAAGUCCACCCUCAACCGUCGUACUGCUCCUGUUACCGCCAACUUCGCCACUACGCACAACCUACAGGCACUGAUGGAGAAAUUCUGGUCCAUCGAAGAAGACGACACUGAUCCCUGCUACUCGGUAGAAGAAGCAGCCUGCGAAGAACACUUUCGCCAGACAGUAACCCGAAACGCCGACGGUCGAUAUGUGGUUCGACUGCCACUCAAGCAGGACAUUCUCUCCAAGCUCAACGACAACCGUCGCUCCGCUCUUCACCGCUUUCAUCAACUAGAAGCUCGUCUAGUGCGCAACCCGGAUUUGCAACACCAAUAUCGUGCUUUCGUGGAGGAAUACCAUGCGCUAGGGCACAUGCAGCGUGUGUCCGACUACGAAGAUCCUCCAACACCGUGCUAUCAUCUUCCGCAUCAUGCCGUAGUACGUGAAGAUAGCACAACGACCAAACUACGGGUCGUUUUCGAUGCAUCGUGCAAGAUACCCAAUGGCCCGUCGCUCAACGACGCACUCAUGGUGGGCCCCACCGUCCAAGAAGACCUCCGCUCGAUCAUAAUGCGUUCCCGAACUCAUCAAGUGAUGCUGAUCGCCGAUAGCAAGCAGAUGUACCGCCAAGUCCUGGUGGACGACCGGGAUACACCUUUGCAGCGCAUUGUGGGGAGACCCUCGCCCGAUAGUCCGACUGAAACCUACGAACUAAAAACAGUAACCUACGGUACUGCCAGCGCUCCGUUUCUUGCAACCCGUAUUCUACAACAGCUUGCCGAUGACGAGUGUAACGAGUUUCCUGAAGCAGCCAAGGUUCUACGCAAGGACUUCUACGUAGACGAUCUCUUUUCUGGUAGCAGCGACGCAUCCAAUGAAGCAGCAGUGUUAGAGGACGUACAACCAGCAGAACGCGGCUUGCAGGAAUCUUUCGACUUCGACAAGGAUCAGUGCAUCAAAACUCUCGGCUUGCACUGGGAACCGUCAUCCGACCAACUCCGGUAUAAAAUCCAUCCCGUCAACACAUCUGCGGAUUCGCUAAUAAGUAAACGGAUUGCGCUCUCCUACAUAGCAAAACUCUUCGAUCCACUUGGCCUCGUUGGCCCAGUAGUAACGACGGCCAAAAUUUUUAUGCAGACACUUUGGACCUUGAAAGACGACGACGGCAAUCCUUGGGACUGGGACAGUGAUCUCCCGCCAGCAAUAAAGGACCGCUGGCACGCGUAUCAAUCGCAACUUACUCUACUUAACAAACUUCGCAUCGGCCGUUGCAUCCUGCUACCGAACUCUACCAGCAUGCUGCUAUAUUUCUCCGACGCAUCAGAACACGCAUAUGGCGCUUGUGUCUACAUACGUUCCACAGAUGCAGACGGUAACGUCGAAGUAUCUCUACUUACUGCCAAAUCCAAGGUGGCCUCGCUAAAAACCAAAACAAGUAUUCCCAGACUAGAACUGUGUGGGGCAAAAUCGUCAGCGGAACUGUAUAAACGAGUGAAAUUGUCUCUUGGGAUUGAAGCAGAAAGUUUCUUCUGGGUGGACUCUACAAUCGUACUCUGUUGGCUCAACGCAGCACCUUCUACCUGGACAACGUUCGUUGCCAAUCGUGUUUCACUGAUCCAGAACGCCACCCAAAACUGUUCAUGGAACCAUGUAGCCGGGCAGGAAAACCCAGCCGACAUCUCCAGAGGCAUACCUGCUGAAACUUUACUAAAGUGCGACCUGUGGUGGCACGGGCCACAGUGGUUAAAACGCGACCGCUGCGAAUGGCCGAUUCAACCAUUUCACGACAGUAGUCAGAGCCCUGAAGUUACCGUCGAGCAACGCAAAACACCAGCUGCAGUAAUUUCCGCUACCAUUGAGCCAUCUUUCGUCGACCAACUCAUGUCCAUGCCUUAG